ACGAGUGGAGCUGGCGCCGCGGCGACUCGCUGGAGGGGGGCCACGGCGCGCGGGCCGACGCGGCUGUGUCGCUGCGCCGGGGCCGCCGCCUCCUGUCCCCCGACCGCGAGUUUCCGCUACUCGGUGGGCACCUACAACAGCUCCGUCUUCGGCUACGGCUCCACCGACAUCCCCUCUGCGCUGCUGUUCGAGGACUCGGACGGCGCCCCGGACGAGGACGAGAUCCUGGCGUCGCGCCGCGGCUGCGUGACGAGCGGUGCCGCCGUGCGGCCCUACCACUCGAGCCACCUGAGCAUGCGCGGCGGGCCGAUGGGGCUGUGGAAGCGGCGCUGGUGCGUCCUCCGCGGGGACACCUUCAUGUGGUUCCGCACCAAGCAGGACUCGCUCAAGGCCGGCUGGCUGCUCAAGCUGCAGGGCGGCGGCGGCGGCGCCGCGAGGGCCCCCGGGGCUCGCGGCGCCGUCUGGAAGCGCCGCUGGUUCGUGCUGCGGCGCGACGCGCUGCUGUGCUACGACAGCGACUAGCAGCGCCGCCCGCGGGGCGUCCUGGAGAUCCUCAAGGCCGAAGCCAUCGUGGACAACCCGGAGAGCGAGAACGGAAUCGACGUGGUGCUGCCGGAGCGCGUUUACCACCUCCGUGCCGACUCCCCCGAGGAGUCCAGUGAGUGGUUCAGCGUGCUGAGCCGCGUGCACUCGGCGUCGCUCGCCGAGCUGCGGGAGAUGCGUGACGAGCUCGCCAACCCCGACAACGCCGUGGAAACGUUGGACGUGGGGAUGAUCGACGCGGUCUGCGCUUCAGAAAAUCCAGAAAGGGCUUGCCGAUUCUCGGUGCUGAGCGGCGGGCGGAUGCUGCGCUUCUCCGCGGAGUCGCCGCGGGAAGCGCUCGCCUGGAUGUCGCUGCUGCAGCGCAGCAAGGGCGACGCGCGCGUGCAGGGCCAGGAGUUCGUCGUCAGAGGCUGGCUCUACAUGGAGGUGGCCAACCCCAGCGAGAGACGGCGCUCGUCCCGCCGUCGCUCCAUGCGUCUCCGCGGCGCUGCCGGCGUCGCCGCCGCCCCCGCCGGUAGCGCCGCGGCGCCCGCUCCCGGCGACGCCGCCGCCGCGCUCAAGCGGCGCUGGGUGGUGCUCACCGAGAGCUCGCUCGACGUCUACCGCACCUCGGAGCGCGGCGCCGCCAAGAUCAGCUCGCUCCUCCUCACCGGGCAGUGCACCGUCACGCAGCCCAGCCUGCAGCAGGGCCAGCAGCAGAGGCAGCAGCAGCAGCAGCAGCAGCGGGCGCACGUGAGACAGCAGGAUAGCGCAGGCUACUGGCUGGUGAGCGUGCACGGCUCCAGCGUCGUCUACAGGCUCUACACGGGGCUGCUCACCGAGGCCUCGCGCUGGGCCGGGGCCAUCCACACGGUGGUGUUGGCCAGGCCGCCCGGCACCACGCCGACCCUCCGGCUCCUACGGCACAUCGAGGCGGUGAGCGGGGACGCCGUGGCGGUGGAGCAGACGUACGCACGGAACCCCAUCCUGCGCCACUCGCGGCAUGCGCUGCGCUCGCCGCUCUUGCCGCUGCCGCACGGCGACUCGGGCCUACGGAGGCCCGGAGGGUCGGGCCCGGACUCGAUCCAGGACGCCGCGGUGCACAUGUUCAACAUCGUGCGGGGCCUGGGCGCGCUGGACGACCCCCUGCCGGCGUACCAGGCCGUGCUGCGGGCCUGCCUGGCGCAGCGGCCCCUGCAGGACGAGGUCUACUGCCAGCUCGUGAAGCAGACGGCGCUGGGCGGGCGCGAGGCCGCCGCCGGCGCCGCGACGGGGGAGCUGCGCCGGUGCUGGGAGCUGCUCGCCUGCGCGAGCUGCUCGAUUCGGCCCAGCCCGCCCGUCCUGCGAUAUGUGCGCUUCCACCUCAAGCGGGCGCGGGACCGGCACGGCGACGCCGCCGUCGCGCGCUGCGCCGGCUUCGCGCUCGACGCGCUGCGACGCACGCGGGGACGCGACUGCGCCGCCCCGUCGCGGGAGGAGCUGCACGCCGUGGCCGCCGGCGCGGAGAUGAGCGUCACCGUGCACUGCCAGGGCGGCGGGCGGUGCCGCGUCUCCGUCACCAGCCACACCACGGCCGCCGAGGUGGUGGAGAAGCUGCUGAGCGGCCUCGCCAUGGAGGACACGCGCAACGUGUUCGCGCUGUUCGCGCAGCGCGGGCCGGACGAGGGGCGUGCCAUCGAGGGACACACGCUGGUGGCCGACGUGCUCGCCUCUUUCGAGAGCACCGGCGGCAGUCCACCCGGUAGCGGCGGUGCCGAUGGGAGCAAUGGGGGCGAGGAGGUGGUGCCGUGGCGUCUGUGCUUCCGCAUCUACUGCUUCCUGGACCCCGACCGCGUGGCUCCCGACAGCGUCGAGUUCGUCUUUAUGUUCGAGCACGCGCACGAGAGCGCGGUGCGGGGCUCGCUGCCGUUGCGCGACGCCGCGCUCUGGCAGCUGGCGGCGCUGCGCCUGCAGUACGAGCACGGCGACCUGCAGGCGGGGCCGCGGGGGGCCCUGCCGGACGCGCUCCACCCGGCCAACGUGCACGCCGUGUACCCCGUGGGACGACUCGGGGCCCGCCUGGCCGCGCAGCGCCAGUGGGCCGCGCGCGCCGAGGAGGCGAGCGCCGGAGCCGAUGCCUCCUCGCAAGGGCCGGGCUCCUCCGUAGCCUCCUCGGCCUCCUCGCUGGUGUCGGGAGAGCGCCGACCGCAGGGCCUCCUAGGAAGCGCCGUGCGCCGCUCAUUGCUCCGCUCCUUGCUCCGUCGAUCCAAGCCUCCCGAUGCCGGCUCGUGCCCGGAUGGAUCCAUCUGUGGGGAGGACAGCAGAACCUCGUCGUUCAGCGGGGUCGUGGGGCCGCGCGGACCCGGUGGCGAGGAGCUGGCGGCGCUCCCCGAGGCGCUGGCGGCGGCGCGCGCCGGCAUCGCGAGCGCGUGGCUGCGCCUGCAGGGCGUGGGGCAGGAGCAGGCCAUGGUGCGGUACAUGGCGCUCGUGCGCGAGUGGCCCGGUUACGGCUCCACGCUCUUCGAUGUCGAGUGCGUUGAGGGCGGGUUCCCGCGCGAGCUGUGGCUGGGCGUGGGCGCACGUGCGCUCAGCGUGUACUGCCGCGGAGACGCCGUGCCCAUCGAGACCAUCCCGUACGAGCACGUGUUGGCGUUCGGUUCUCCCGAGGCCGGCGUGUACCGCGUGGCCACGCGCAGCCGCACGCUUGCCUUCCGCACCGCGCAGGUGGUGGAGAUCGCCAAGCUCAUGAAGGUGUACGUGGCGCGCCUGGUGCGGCGGCACCACGUGCAGCGCUCGCUGUGCAGCAGCCAGGGCAGCUGGAGCAGCGCCUGCCCCUGAGGGCGUCGGGAUUUGAGCACGGGAUGAAGCGUCAUCUCCCCAACGUAACUAUGAAGAGCUGCGAUCACGGUCGACCGAUCCACCAAAAUCGCUCAACAUUUCUUUGUGGUCGAUUACUCGGGCCAUAAAAAACGUCAAAGGAAUCUUGGUGCAUCUCCUACGAAGAAGAACGCCCGAAGAGCCACGGUCAGCAUGACGCAGUUGUGCCAUUGACGUCACAAAGACCCUCCCAGGACCUCCAAUCCAGCGGCACGUGUGAGGACAGAGACGACUCCCCCUACCCCCAGCUGUUUCCAUGCGACCGGACUUUGCCUGCUUGGCACAUGGGUGAUGUUUUUAUUCCAUGUCUGCCCAACCUAAGAGCAGCACUUAACCGUGGUGCCUUAUUUCCAACGUCAGGGCAUUGUGUUUUUGAAUGGGACGCAAGGAAUGAAAGGAAAUGGAAUUGAUGAGUUUUAAAUUGAAAUCAAACAUAAGGCAAUUGCAGCACGUGAAGCGACGCCAAUCAACUUCCAAGUUGUUGCAAGAUGUUUGCAUCUUACAAUUGACAAGUGGUUUACAACAAAGCAUUAUCUAAAGGUCCCAUUUCGGUGGCCCACAUGUACCUCCCCGGUGUCACUGCGUGGGAGUGUCACGUUACUGUUGAACAAAAACAUGUUAUUUUCACGGGCACGACUGCCAACAUCGCUGACGUGAAAUAAUCCUCUGACAUUACAGAGGGGGCGAGCCCAUCACGCCCUCGUCGCUGAUCAAAACAAAAACCGGCCGGGGAACUUUAGCGUCAAGUCUCAACAAGCACAAGAGGUCUCGUGGGUUUGGAACGGCUCCAAGCCCCACCACACGCUGUGGCACGGACACAGACCUCGCACCGCACUCAAUGCAGACACUCGGCAAUGUUUCAUCGCCGAGUUGCGACCCCUGCUGGUUUUAUCACCGCCGUUUUUUUAACGCUCCACAAACGACCACGUCUCGUUCCAUGCAACCACAAAUCUGAACUCAAUAACGUGGUGAGCUCGCUGCACAAAGUAUUAAGGACGAACGUUACCCGCGCUCGUCUCGCGAUCUGCAGUCCCGAGUCGUCACCUCACCUGGCUGUGUCGAGUUGUGGCCCCCACACUUUCCCAUCAACGUUCGCCGUUUGCGCGCUUAGAAAAAUCCCCAAACGACGCAUCGAACUUGUACAGAGCGUAGGCGGCGACUGCUACAUCAAGGUGCUCGCCUUUGCAGUGUUAAAGCCAUCGUGUUAAAGUGGUGUGCAGUAAAUCCAGGGUUUAAAACAAAGCACUUGGCAUUGUUCAUAAAGUUCAUUCAUGAACGAGUUGAGCUGUAUUGAACAGCCUCAAGUUGAGACAUUUUUCCAGUAGACGAGAGGGGGUAAGCAAUAUUGUUCUUACCAAGGGUCAAAUAGGGCUUUCAAUGUCUCCGACAUGCCACGUAUUUAAUACACCUUCCCUUUACCCAAGAACGUGAAAAAUUAUUAAUGCUGAACUUCAUCACACGAAUGCGCUGCCUGUUUUCCCGUUAGAUCGGUUCUGAAGCAGACAUGGGUAGCGUCCUUGCAGUGACAUAACUCACAUGGGCCAUUUCAAAGUGGCAGGCCUCAUACAAUAAAGCUGCCGGCCUAAUAGUGCAAGGGCAGUGGAUACCUGGCUACAGAGCACAAUCAAAAUGCAUUACACGUCCAGGUGUAACCUGGGACGUUUACUUACGUUUUAGAUUCCGAAGGAAAUAUUGGGACGUCAAGGUCUAUAAAUGGAUUUUUUUCAAACUGGAAUAUACUCGUUGAAAAUUGGUGAAAGCCACGCGAUGUUAAAAUCCCAUACACCGGGGAAUGUAAAUAGUGUAAAUACAUUUGCAUUGAAGACUAUGAAAAACUGUUCAUUGAAAACUUGAGUGCCUAUGAAUGGUACCGAUUUGUAAAUGUUAUCAGCAGGGAAUUGGGGGUGUUCCCAUACUAUUGGUGCAGAAAACGACGGUGGUAAUGAUUUGUGACUGACACGGGGUAUGUACUGAGUUGCGCAUUGAUUAUAUUCCACUAAAGUUGUUGGUGAUUGGUUUUUGGGAACACUGCAACCACUAAAUUUGAACAAGCACCGCAAAGGCAAUAAAUGAAUCAAGGACAGAACAUCCCAUACAUGACUAAAGCCAAGUUUAACACAAUGUGUAAAACGUUUGAUAUUUUUCCAAGCACCAAGGAUUUUUUACAUGCAUAUUGUGCUCAGUUGUGGCUUACCAUUUAAAUACACAAAGGUUGCCGAGAGGUUGGUGGAUUUUGCACGUUAACUUUAUUAAACAAAACUAUAAAAUCUAAACGUGUUGGUUUGUGAUGUUUGAAAUACUUGUUCAUUACCAAUGUCCUCAACACUUAAUACAACUCUGCAGUACAACUUGAGAUGCCUUGCACCAGCUCACCCAAGUGGCACCAUGUGAAUGAACGCAGCAUCACUGGUCACCAAGUGGGCAUUAGCAAUGUGAGGGGGGGGGUGGGUGGCAGCAAUGUUGCUUUGCCAUUUCCCAAUUCGCGAGCAAUGAUGCAGAAAUGAAGAGCACACUGCGCAGAACAAAAAACGCACAGGCACUGAUGCUGGUUCAUAUACACUUUAUUGUGAUCUCCCUGGUGUACUAGGAUGGUGGUGCGAGUAGUGUGGGAAGGGUCCCUCACUGGUC